UCUAAUUUUGAAUAUACAGCAGUGACCACACACACACGCGGGCACACACACAUGCGCACACACACAAAAAAAAAUCAUUCCCUUCUCAGCAUAUGUGCAUAGGCAGACAUACCGCUAUGAAGAUGACAGGGAUUUUGGUCUCCAUGGCAACAAGACCAGCCUUUUUUGGGAGGUUUGGGGUGGGGUUUAAAGAGAGAGAGAAUAAGUUUGUGUGUGUGUGUGUGUGUGUGUGUGUGAAAGAGAGAGAGAGAGAGAGCAAUGUUAUUAUUAAUUUAAUGUUUAUUAACUGUGGCCUGGUUUUGUGUGUGUGUCAGUGUUAAUUAGUUUGACUUUACUUACUCUUCUAAGUCCCUACUGAACCGACCCUCUAAUUAACACACACACACACACAUUUGAUGAAUUUGAGACUCCACAUUGCAGAGAGAGAGCAGGCGGGAGCGCGCUUGCGUCACUGGAGAACCCGCGCUCGAAGCGGAACGUGUGAGCGCGAGAUGGAGCUCAGCGUGUUAUGGUGAUAAACGGAGAGAUUGAGAGAGGGAGUGAGAGAGAAACAGAGGGAGAGAGUGAGACAGCUCUGGGGGGACGCCAUCUUGUCGGCAGGGUGUCUUGUGAGGAUAUUAUAACGACUCCUCACUCCUUUCGCGCACACGAGAACCGGCACGCGCUCAGAACCCUGGCCGAGAGAGAGCGCGCGCUGAGAGGCUAACACUACAGACCGGUGGAAACAGUUCUGAAUUAUUCAUCAUCAUCUCCGGUGUGUGUGUGUGUGUGUGUGUUUGUGUCAGUCAGUCAGUGUCACCGGAGCGAGUCGCGCGCGAAGCAUCUCCGCGUUUGAAGAUUUUUAUGGUAAAUUUGCAGGACUGGUCGGCUCGCGCUCUGAGUUGAGCAGACGUUAAGAACGGCGAUCUUGUUUACGUCAUACACGUGACCGGCCGCCGGGCUCGUGCCGCGAGAGCCAGCGGUCGGUGUGUGACGUCAUGUUCGUGUCGGUUUGGUACGCGAAGAAGAUGGGCCGCCGCUUCAUCCACAAUGUCCGCAAAGCCAAGAAACGGAGACAACGCAGCAUGAUGAACGGAUUAAGUGGAGAAGUAGAGUAUGAAGAGAUCACGUUGGAGAGGGGGAACUCUGGUCUGGGCUUUAGUAUAGCAGGUGGUACAGAUAAUCCGCAUGUAGGAGAUGACCCAAGCAUCUUCAUCACCAAAAUCAUACCAGGAGGAGCUGCAGCCCAGGAUGGACGACUGAGGGUGAAUGACAGUAUCCUGUUUGUUAAUGAUGCUGAUGUGCGUGAGGUCACUCACAGUGAAGCAGUGGAGGUGCUGAAGGAGGCGGGGCCAAUCGUCCGUCUUUACAUCCUCCGCAGGAAACACAUCGAGAUCAAACUCAUCAAGGGCCCCAAAGGUCUGGGGUUCAGUAUAGCAGGUGGAGUGGGUAAUCAGCAUGUUCCUGGUGAUAACAGUAUCUAUGUGACUAAAAUCAUUGAGGGCGGAGCUGCACAUAAAGACGGACGGCUACAAAUCGGGGACAGAAUUCUUGCUGUGAAUAAUGUGUGUUUGGAGGAUGUGAUGCAUGAGGAUGCUGUAGUGGCGCUGAAGAACACAGCAGAGGUCGUUUUUCUCAGAGUGAGCAAAGCUUCCAACCUGUACACUCAGGACACGUACAAUCCUCCUGAUAUCACCAGCUCGUACUCUGCUCAUAUGGAUGAGAUGAGUCAUGGCUAUCUGUCAGAUUACCCACAAACCCUCACUCCCACAUCUCCGCGCCGCUACUCACCAAUCCCCAAGGGCAUGAUGCUGGGAGACGAGGACAUCCCCAGGGAGCCGAGGCGUGUGAUGAUCCAUCGUGGAUUGUCAGGUUUAGGCUUUAACAUAGUUGGAGGUGAGGAUGGUGAGGGAAUCUUCAUCUCCUUCAUCUUAGCUGGAGGUCCUGCAGACCUGAGUGGAGAACUGCGCAAAGGAGACCAGAUACUAAGUGUAAAUGGAGUGGAUUUAAGACAUGCGACUCAUGAACAAGCUGCAGCAGCACUGAAGAACGCUGGGCAAACUGUCACCAUCAUCGCCCAAUACAGACCCGAGGAGUACAGUCGGUUUGAAGCUAAAAUCCAUGACCUCCGUGAGCAGCUGAUGAACAGCAGUUUAGGUUCCUCGUCAUUGCAGACCAGUAAGAGGAGCUUUUACAUCAGAGCUCUGUUUGAUUAUGAUAAGACGGCGGACGGUGGCUUCCUCACUCAGGCUGUGAGUUUCCGUUUUGGCGAUGUUCUUCACGUUCUGGACUGCAGUGAUGAGGAGUGGUGGCAGGCAAGACGUCUGUCUCCACAUGGGGACCUGGAGGAGACCGGGUACAUCCCCAGCAAACGCAGAGUCGAGAGAAAGGAGUGGUCACGCCUGAGAUCAAAAGGCCGAGAUGACUACGUUCAGAGUUACGAGAUUGUUGUGCAGGUGGAGGUGCAUUACGCUCGUCCAAUCAUAAUCCUUGGACCAUCAAAGGACCGUGUGAACGACGAUCUUCUCUCCGAAUUUCCCGAUAAGUUCGGCUCCUGCGUGCCUCAUACAACACGGCCAAGGAGGGACUACGAGGCUGAUGGGCGGGACUAUCACUUUGUGUCAUCAAGGGAACAGAUGGAGAAAGACAUCCAAAAUCACCGGUUCAUCGAGGCAGGACAAUACAACAGCCACCUGUAUGGGACGAGUGUACAGAGUGUACGGGAGGUAGCUGAACAGCAGGGGAAACACUGUAUUCUGGAUGUAUCCGCUAAUGCAGUGAGGAGGCUUCAGGCAGCUCAGCUUCACCCCAUCUCCAUCUUCAUCAGACCCACAUCACUGCAAAACAUACUUGAUAUUAAUAAGCGUCUGACUGAGGAACAGGCGAGAAGAGCUUUGGACAGAGCCAUCAAAUUGGAACAGGACUUUAUCGAGUGCUUCACAGCGAUCGUGGAGGGUGAAAGCUUUGAGGAAAUUUACCAUCGUGUCAAAUCUGUGAUUGAGGAACAGUCAGGACCGUACAUCUGGAUACCAGCAAGAGAGAGACUGUAAAAAACACACACACACACACACACACACACACACACACACACACACCCUGGAGAGAGAAAAAACAGCCCAUCGUCAUUCCUACAGGAACUGAUACAAAUAUAAUCCUCCAUUUCUCUCUCUCUCUCUCUCUCUCUCUCUCUCUCUCUCUCUCUCUGUCCCGUCGUCCAAUCAGAGCUCAGAGUGAACAAAUACGGUCCUACUGUCAUACACACACACACACAUAAACAGAGGAUUUGUUCUGAUGAUGAUGAUGAUAAUUAUUGUUUCUAUGGUAACAGCUACGGUCGCCUGAAAGGAACUAAAAACCAAAAAGAGCAAAAACAGAAAGACGCAAUAAAAGAGGACAGAGGAGCACUCAGCACUUUACUCACACACAGCAUACACACACACACACACACACACACACACACACACACACCCUUUAGACACUUAACAAAGACUCUUACUGAAUCCUCAAAGUUACACUACGUGUGUGUGUGUGUGUGUGUGUGUGUGUGUGUGUGUAUGGUGUGUAUGGUGUGUAUGGUGUGUGUGUGUGUGUGUUUCUGUAUACACAGUGUGUGUAAUGUAUAGGGCUACUGUAUAUAAUCUGCACAAUACAGGAGAUUUUCACUUUCCAGAAAAUCAACAAGCAAAAACUACAAUUUGAGACACAGAGUGAGACAGAGAGAAUGAGACAGAGUGAGAGUGAGACAGCAAGAGAGUGAGACAGUGUGUGAGACAGAGACACAGAGUGAGAGGCACAGAUAGUGAGAGAGUGAGACAGAGAGAGUGAUACAGUGUGUGAGACAGAGACACAGAGUGAGACAGAGUGAGAGACACAGAUACUGAGAGAGUGAGACAGAGUGAGACAGAUAAGAAGAGAGAAAGAGUGUGACACAGAGGGUGAGACAGGUAGGAAGAGAGAGACAGAGGGAGUGAGACAGGGAGAGUGAGACAUAUGGGUCAAUGACAUAUGAAUUUCAAUCCUUGUGUUUUUAUGAAUAUAAUCUUUAAUCCUUCAUGUUAAUUAUUUUUUAUAUAUUUAUGAAUAAUGCAUUAUUUAACUUAAAACAAUCUUAGAGUUAAACAUAUUUAUCACCAUUUUAUCUCAGAUAAAUACAUUAUUUUGAGAAUACUGUGUGAUUUUUCACUUGUAGUUUUGUUUAAAGUUAAAAAUUUAUAUAAAAACAGAAAUUUAUUUGAGGUUAAAGGUUUUCUUUGAAUUUUACAUUUUAGAGUAAAAACUUUGGACUGAAACCCAUUUCCAUGACAUCAUUCUGUACUGAGUUAUUGGGUUAUUGUUAAAAAAUAUCAAAUUAAUAAAUAACUUCAUUGUGAAAUGUAUGUGUUUAAAUGUAAGAGUUUAUAUUUUGCGUCAGUGAUUUAAUUCAGAGUGAUUGACAGGAGCAUAUCUGUGUGAACAUUCCACCUUAAACUCAAACUUUACAUUUAUAAAUAACAUUUUCACAAAUAUUAUCAUUUUAUCUUCAUUAUUUAUAUAUUAGCUGAACACACUCAUUUUAUGGCUUGUUCUCAUGCUAAAACUUUUUUGUUGUUGUUGCUAGGCAACAAAAUGACUUUGGACACUCAGUGUGCUGAAUUUUCAGAAAAGAAAAACUAAUUUUACUAACAGAAUUUCUUGGAAUAAUGCUCUUUAUAAACAACAUCUCCUUCACCUGUAGUUUACUUACACAGUACUAAUGUACAAUUAUUUAUACAUUUAUACAUUCUUGCUUAAAUAAUGUAUUUAAAUCAUUUCUGUUUUUAUCAACAAACACUUAUAGAUAUA